UCAGCAGCCAGGGUUCACCCAGAAAGUAGAAUUAUUGUACUUAUGAAUGGCUUUGUGAAGAACAAUUUUACUUUAAGAAAAUAUUCUUUGUUGCGGUGCUUCACCAACAUCGAAUUCAAACCUUUGGACGUGAAGGACCUUUUUGUGGACACUCCAUUGGCUGACUGGUAUGCAGUUGCCCAACAUAGAUGGGAACCUUAUUUUGUGCCCAUUCUUUCUGAUGCCUGUCGAUUAGCUAUCAUGUGGAAAUUUGGUGGAAUCUACUUAGACACAGAUUUCAUUGUCCUUAAGAGUUUAAAAAACCUCACCAAUGUGCUUGGCACCCAGUCCGAACAUACACUGAAUGGGGCUUUCCUCUCUUUUGAAUCAAGACACAGGUUCAUACAGUGCUGUAUGCAAGACUUUGUGGCUGAUUACAGCAGAUGGAUCUGGGGACACCAAGGCCCAGAGCUCUUCACCCGUGUGUUUAAGAAGUGGUGUGCUAUCAAGAGCCUCAAGAGUAGCAAAGGUUGUAGAGGAGUCACUGUUCUCCCCCAAGAAGCAUUUUAUCCCAUUCACUGGAAGGACUGGAGAAAUUUUUUUGAAGUCAUCAGACCUUCAGAACUUUCAGAGCUGUUUAAAAAUACCUAUGCAGUCCAUGUCUGGAAUAAGAAAAGCCAAGGGACACGACUUGAGAUCACCUCUAAAGCUUUACUCGCUCAGCUGCAUUUCCACUACUGUCCUUCAACCUAUGAGCUAAUAAAGAGCUUUCAAUAA